AUGGAGGCAUUUACGACCACACAAAGCGACGACGACGAUGAAGUGAGGAGCACGUCUCCCAGAAGUCAACAAAUUUUAUGCGGUUGCGGCUACCUCGACGGAACUGAGAUCUCGGAAGCCAUUUCAGCGACGAUACACUUGUCUCAGAAGAAUUUGAAGCCUGUGUUUUACGCGCCAGAUGUAGAAAUUUGCGAAAUUAUCGACCAUUUAUGUGAGAAACCAGACAAGGACGCAUCCCCUAGAAACGCGCUUGUCGAAGCAGCCAGAUUGGCUCGAUCGGAAAUAAAACCGCUGUGCAAAUGUGACGCUUGCAGGCAUGGAGCACUCGUUAUUCCCGGAGGUUUUGGCGCAGCAAAAACACUGAGCGAUUUCGCGUCAAAGGGCGCCGAUUGUGUAGUGAAUCCUGAUGUAGAGAAAGUUAUCGAGGAUUUUUCUUGCGCGAAGAAACCAAUAGGAUCAAUUUGUAUUGCAAGUGUUCUUGUUGCGAGGGUACUGCAAGGUGUCAAAAUUACACUUGGAAAAGAGUCUCCGAAAGAAGAUUGGCCAUAUUCCGAUGCGAUUCGACAAGCUAAAGACAUGGGAGCGAAAGUCGAAAUGAAAGGCGUUAAGGGCGUGACGAGAGAUAAAAAAUAUAAUGUUUUCAGUACACCAGCUUGGAUGUAUAGAUGCGCCACCUAUGCAGACAUUCAUAAUGGUAUCGGAAAAUUGAUCUCCAUGAUGAAAAAAUAUAUUAACUAG